CCUCAAAAUCAUAAAAAAAAUUCUUAGAAUCAACCAAUCUUUAUUAUUUUUUUUCAACCAUGGCUCAAAAUCCCAAGGUGUACUUCGACAUGACGAUCGGCGGCCAACCCGCCGGUCGGAUUGUCAUGGAGCUUUUCGCCGACGUCACUCCUCGGACCGCCGAGAACUUCCGUGUCCUCUGCACCGGCGAAAAGGGUAUCGGCCGUGGCGGCAAGCCGCUCCACUACAAAGGCUCCAAGUUCCACCGCGUGAUCCCCAACUUCAUGUGUCAGGGAGGCGAUUUCACCGCCGGGAACGGCACCGGAGGCGAGUCCAUAUACGGAGCCAAGUUCGCCGACGAGAACUUCAGAAAGAAGCACACCGGACCGGGGAUCCUUUCCAUGGCGAACGCGGGGCCCGGGACGAACGGAUCCCAGUUCUUCAUCUGCACCGCCAAGACCGAGUGGCUCGACGGAAAGCACGUGGUGUUCGGACAGGUCGUUGAAGGCAUGGACGUGGUUCGAGCCAUCGAGAAGAUCGGGUCCAGCGGCGGAAGGACGUCGAAGCCGGUUGUCAUUGCCGACUGUGGACAGAUAUCUUAAAGAUAACAGCAAUAACAACAACAAAAGUGGGAAUGUCUGUGUUUCCUUUCAUGCAUGUCUGAAAAUUUCAUUUCUCUGUCCUGUUUUCAUGGCCACUGGGUUUAGGGUUUGCUGGUUCUUUAAGAACUCAGCUUUUCUAUAGACUACCAUAAAUAAAUGAUCGAAUUACUUUAUAUUUUAUCCUA